AUGGAAUUGCCAGAAAAGAUUGCUGCAGCUUGGGAGAGCACAGGACAGAAAAAUGAUCUGGGGUCAGUGCACCAGGGACUGGAUAGGGUCAUGACCGAACUGCAGCAGUGGAGUAAAAAGAAGUUUGGUAACGUCCUUUGUGAACUAGGAAAAUCCAGGAAGAGGUUAGAAGAACUAAUGCUUAAAGGAGCAGAUAAUAGUGAAAUAAGGAAGGAGACUGAUCAUAUGAAUGAGUUACUCUACCGUGAAGAGAUGCUCUGGUUGCAACGGUCGCGGAUAAGCUGGCUCAAAGAAGGAGAUCGCAAUACGCGUUUCUUCCAUCAAAAGGCGGUCUGGCGAGCCCGCAGGAACAAAAUAAAAAAGCUGAAGAAUGCUGAAGGGGUGUGGAAGGACACACCCUCGGAUAUGGAGAGGAUGGCCACCUCGUAUUUUCAAGAAUUAUUCACCCGUGACCCAUCCUUAAAUGCAGACGAUCUGAUCAACCUUUUUCAGGAUAAAGUCACAGCGGAUAUGAAUGAGAACCUAUGCAAAGAUUUUACAGACACUGAAAUUGGAGACGCACUCUUCCAGAUAGGUCCUCUAAAAGCUCCAGGAGUGGAUGGGUUUCCAGCGAGGUUCUAUCAGCGGAACUGGGCAACACUGAAAGAGGAAGUUAUUAACGCGGUGAAGGUCUUCUUUGUGACAGGGCGCAUGCCUGAGGGAGUAAAUGAUACUGCCAUAGUCUUGAUACCGAAAAUUGAACAACCCGAGACCCUAAAGGACUUCAGGCCUAUUAGCUUGUGUACAGUGUUGUACAAGGUACUGGCGAAGUGCAUGGUUAACCAGCUACGGCCCAUUCUUGGUGAACUCAUUUCAGCAAACCAAAGCGCCUUUGUCCCUGGCAGGCUCAUUACGGACAACGCUUUAGUGGCAUUUGAGUGCAUGCAUUUUAUUGAGCAAAAUGUGAAUACUAAUAAGGAUUAUUGUGCAUACAAGCUAGACCUUUCAAAAGCAUAUGAUAGAGUGGAUUGGGAUUUUCUAAAGAAAGCGAUGCAAAGAUUGGGUUUCGCUCCCCGGUGGGUCAACUGGAUAAUGGCAUGUGUGACCACGGUGAGUUAUAAGGUUAAAUUUAAUGGAACCCUGCUGGAUUCGUUUUCGCCUUCCCGGGGCCUCCGGCAAGGUGAUCCCUUGUCCCCCUUCUUGUUUUUGUUUGUUGCAGAUGGGCUAUCCGCUCUUCUGCAGAAAGAGGUGGAAAACCAAACUAUUGAGCCAGUGAAAAUUUGCCGUAGAGCACCAGGGAUAUCUCACCUGUUAUUCGCAGAUGAUACACUUCUAUUCUUUAAAGCAAAGCAGGAACAAGCACACAAGGUAAAGGAGGUUCUAGAGAAGUAUGCAAACAGCACGGGGCAGCUAAUUAAUCCCAGCAAAUGCUCAAUCAUGUUUGGAGCAUCAUGUCCAGGGGAAGUACGGGAAGAGGUUAAAGCGAUACUACAAGUGGUGCAGGAGUCUUUUGAAACUAAAUAUUUGGGAUUGCCAACACCGGAAGGGAGGAUGAAUAAAGGAAAAUUUCAAAGUCUUCAAGCGAAGUUAGCAAAAAGCCUAGUUGAAUGGGAUGACACUCACAAAUCCCAAGCAGCAAAAGAGACCUUGAUUAAGGCAGUGGCCCAGGCCCUCACAACAUAUGUCAUGGGCAUUUUUAAGCUACCAUAUGGACUGUGUGAUGAACUAACCAAGUUGAUCCGGGAUUACUGGUGGGGUGCGGACAAGGGAAAAAGGAAAACACACUGGAUCUCUUGGGAUACCAUGCUGCGGCCAAAGGAUAAAGGUGGCAUGGGAUUUCGGGAUAUGAGGCUGUUUAACCAAGCGCUACUAGCUCGCCAAGCCUGGCGGCUGAUUGAGUUCCCUAAUUCCUUAUGCUCUCAGCUUUUGAAAGCAAAAUACUAUCGUAAUGGCUUUCUAGUUGAUACCGUGUUUACAGGUAAUGGAUCAUCUACUUGGCACGCAAUUGAAUAUGGAUUGCAAUUGUUGAAACAAGGUGUUAUAUGGAGAGUGGGCAAUGGUGCAAACAUCCGUGUAUGGCGAGACCCCUGGAUACCUGGAACCCCAAACUACAAACCUAUUUCUGUCAAAGGAAGAUGUAGAUAUCGAUGGGUUUCAGACUUCCUCCAUCCAGAUGGUACCUGGAAUGUGCCUAGACUGCAACUCUACUUUCUCCCUGAAGAUGUGUCACUAAUUCUGAAAAUUAAGCCAUCUAGAAGAAAUGAUGAAGAUUUCCUAGCGUGGGAGCCAGAUAAGCGCGGCUCUUUCUCGGUACGAAGCGCAUAUAGAGUGGCACUAGAGAACCAAAUGUUACAACAAGGAUUAGAAGCGACUAGCACCAGGCCUGAUGGUCGCCGGCCAGACUGGAAGCUAAUAUGGCAGUGCCCAGUACCACCGAAGGUAAAGCACCUUGGCUGGAAAAUUACAAAGAAUGCCUUGGCUACACAACAAAACAAACGACGCCGUGGCAUGGAAACACCAGCAACAUGCCUGAUCUGCGGCCAGGAAGUAGAGGACACUUUCCAUAUAUUCAUCAGGUGUCAGCAUGCUCGAAAUCUCUGGUUAGCGAUGAGGGAGGUUUGGAAUCUGCCAGCCGACAACCUACUGAUCCAUACGGGGGUGGAGUGGCUGCUUCAGUUGUUGCACCAAAUCACCGAAGAACAGCGAGUGAUGACACUGAUGGUGCUCUGGAGAAUCUGGUUUGCACAUAACGAAACUACACAUGACAAGGCUCUACCGUCGAUUGAAGGCUCCAAACGAUUCUUAAUGAGCUACCUGGAUUCACUCUUGCUAAUUAAGCAACAUCCCAUGGCAGAUUUAGAGAAGGGGAAGAUGGUGAUCUCACAGGCAGGGUUCCAGCCUAACAAACACAUGUGUAGAGGAGAAAAGAAGAAUAAGCAGAAGUGGAUGCCUCCAGCGAGGGGUGUACUGAAACUCAAUGUUGAUGGCUCCUAUGCCAAUGAUUCGGCUGGAGCAGGUAUAGUAAUCAGAGACCACGAUGGAACUGUGAUCCUCACUGCUUGUUGGCAGCUUCAACAUUGCAUAGACUCUACAGAGGCAGAGAUAGCAGCAAUGGAAUUGGGUAUUGCCCAGGCCAUGACGGUUACCACUGGCAGGUUUAUGAUCGAGUCAGACUGCGUGGAAGCAAUUACUUUGAUCAAGGAAGGCACUCCGAACCUGACGAAGUAUGCUUCAAGAAUUCAAGCAUGCAUCUCUGAGCCCGGUAGAAUUCUUUAUGGCUGGACUAGAGAUAUCGUUUGUCGACUUCUUUUUGGUAGGGGAACGGGAACGGGAGAAGAAAUCCUCAAUGAUGCUGUCAAGUUAGCUGGAGCGGCAGAAACAGAAACUACUGCUGUUGAUGUUGAUGAAUAUGACGUCCGCUUGGACGAGGACGACUGCUACUACUACGACUCUGAUAUCGGCGGCUAUGGUUAUUUGAAGCUCCAUUCAGAAGGCGGGGCCAUUGGUGACCACUUCUCUGUUAGGGUUACUAUCCCAGGGCAUAGCAACAGGAUAGCUGAUGAUGUAGGAGAGUUCUCCUACACGGUGGACCCUUACACGUGCGACAUUGCCGUAAAUCACACCAUCUCAACUCGACGCGGCAGGAAAAUGGACGUGACUUUCGUGCCCAUUCACACUGCUACACAGGUCAAUGUGUACGUCACCCUUGAUCUCAUAUCUAGUGGCAGCAUCUACUAUGUCUAUGGUGAAAUUACGGCAUGCCACAAACUCUAUGACGGCAUGGAUGUCAUUCUCUUUUCUCAUGGAAAAGAGGACAAAGCAAAGGUUAUCGAUGGCAAACUUCCACUGUCGCGCAACUGGGCUGCUGUUCCAAUAUACUUGAAGCCUCUCCUGACAAUCAAGAUAAACCUGUGCGUUCAAACUAAUCAAAAUCAUGAUGAUCAUGGUCGUACCAUCUCCUUCCAGGAUUAUAUUACCUUCUAUCGUGACGAUCCUGAAAAAACGAUCUGCACUGAAGACAAUGAUAAAGUUAAAGUGAAGAUUGCAUACCAGUAA